CCGCGCGAGUCCAGUCUAAGGGAAAGGGAGAACCUGUAAAUUGUAAUUACUCGAUACCGCCUGGUUUCUCAGGUAAGCCACAAACCUUCCCUUCCCUUCCCUUCCCUUCCCUUCCCUCGUCGCCAUUUCGCUCCCGUGUUUUCAUUCUGAUCGCCAAUGGCGUUGUCGUCGUGUUCAUCGCGACCUUGACCGUCUUGUCGUUUGAUCGGAGCUCUUUUCUUCCACGCUUAACGAAGCAGCUCAAUACUAGGGCAUGUGAAUGCUGCUCCUCGGGUAGACUGAAGCUUAUGUAAAAUGGCUUCCAGAGCAAUUGUGAGGAGGAACAAGGUUGUUUUUGAUUGCUUCAGUUCGUCUGUUCGUUCAGUUUACAGUCUCCAUGGUCUGCAGCAUGAAAACCAACAGUUGGAUGGCUCUGAUGCCAAGUGUCAUCGGCCUCCAGAGGUAUCCGACAGAAAGGAACUCAAUGGCACUGCAGGGAGAAGAGCAGAAUUGCUUGGUCUUUUGGGGGCAGGGCACUUCAGGCGUAGAUUCUACAGUAGUGCAGUUAUGGGCCCCAUAUAUGUGAGAACAGAGUUCUUUAGCCCACUGAGGUACAUGUCCAUCUCUUCGGGUAAUGCAUCUACAGCCGCAGCUAAGCAGCCAGAGCUUGGCAGUGAUGAGGACGGUAAUGAAGAUUCUGUUUCUAAAAAGAGAAAGGAAGUGUCUCCAGAAGACUGCGAUGAAGCUGUUGAAGGCCUAAGUACUGCCAAAGCCAAGGCAAAAGCUAAAAAGUUACAGGAGUCUAAGAAUUUUGCGAAAUCCAUUUUGCAGAAGACAUGGGCCAUUCUUCUCGGAAUUGGUCCUGCCUUAAGAGCUAUAGCUUCAAUGAGCAGGGAAGAUUGGGCCAAAAAACUUACUCACUGGAAACAUGAAAUUGUCUCGACGUUGCAGCAUUACUGGUUAGGCUUGAAGCUAUUGGGGACUGAUGUCAGGAUCAGCAUAAGAUUGCUAUUGAAACUUACUGGAGGGAAGAGUCUGUCCCGAAGGGAGAGACAGCAACUAACACGAACAACUGCGGACAUAUUCCGUUUGGUUCCUUUCGCAGUGUUCAUCAUCGUCCCCUUCAUGGAAUUUCUGCUACCAGUAUUUCUGAAACUUUUCCCCAACAUGCUGCCAUCAACGUUCCAAGAUAAAAUGAAAGAGCAGGAAGCAUUAAAGAGGAGGCUCAAUGCAAGGAUAGAAUAUGCGAAGUUUCUUCAAGAAACAGUAAAGGAAAUGGCAAAGGAAGUUCAAAAUUCACGAAGUGGCGAGACUAAAAAGACUGCUGAGGACCUUGAUGAAUUUUUGACCAAAGUUAGAAAAGGUUCUUCUGUCUCUAAUGAUGAAAUUCUAAGCUUUGCCAUGCUAUUCAAUGAUGAGCUGACUUUGGAUAAUAUUAGCAGGCCACGACUAGUCAGUAUGUGCAAGUAUAUGGGAAUCAGUCCUUUUGGAACUGAUUCGUAUCUGCGGUUUAUGCUUCGGAAAAGACUUCAAAGCAUUAAAAAGGAUGACAGGAUGAUCCAAGAAGAAGGCAUUGAUACACUUACUGAGGACGAACUUCGUGCGGAAUGUAGAGAACGUGGGAUGCUUGGGCUACGUUCGGUCGAGGAAAUGAGGCAACAGCUCCGUGAUUGGUUGGAUCUGUCUCUCAAUCAUGCUGUGCCAUCUUCCCUCUUAAUUCUCUCCAGGGCUUUCAUAGUGUCUGCAAGAGUUAAACCUGAAGACGCUAUUCAGCAAACACUUUCAUCUCUUCCUGAUGAGGUUGUGAAUACUCUUGCCAGUACUGGUUUGCCAUCUGAAGAUUCUGUUUCAGAAAGGAGAAGGAAGCUGGAGUUCCUUGAGGAGGAGGAUAAACGUAUCAAGGAAGAGGAAGAGAAAGAGGAGGAAGAGCUUGCUAGGAUGAAAGAACAUAAAGUCCGUGAAGAUGAAGAUGUGGCAUUGAAAGAGAUAACUACACCAACUGCUAGGGAAGCUCAACAACUAGCAAGAGAAAGAACUUUGGAGAAACAGGAGGAGCUGUGUGAGCUCAGUCGUGCACUGUCCGUUCUAGCUGCGGCAUCAUCAGUUAGUAGGGAGCGUGAAGAAUUCCUGCGAAUGGUCAAUAAGGAGAUUGAUCUUUAUAACAGCAUGAGAGAUAGCGAAGGCAUAGAUGACGAGAAGGCAGCAAUGAAGGCUUAUAGAGCUGCUAAAGAUGAAAGCGAGCAGCGUGCAGCUGAAGUGGAAGAAGAAGCUGAUGAAGUUUCUUCAGCGCUUAUUGACCGGGUUGACGCCAUGCUCCAAAAGCUCGAGAAAGAAAUUGACGAUGUGGAUGCUGAAAUUGGGGAUGGUUUCCGACUACUUGACAGGGAUUACGACGGAAAAGUCACUCCUGAAGAAGUGGCAGCAGCAGCAAACUAUCUCAAGAACACCCUCGGGAAGGAAGGCAUCCAGGAAUUCAUCAGCAAUCUGGCAAAGGACUCUGAUGGGAAGAUUCGCGUGGAAGACAUUGUGAAGUUGGGCAGUCGUUUGGAAGAUGAGACUGGCGAGGCUGAAGAGGAUGUACGGGCCAAGUGAGGGGGGAGAAAAUUUUCUGUGCAGGGAGUAGUAUCUUUACCUUUUUGACAAACAUCAUCAGAACCAAAUACUACAAAGACUACUAUGAAAUUUGUUGGUGACCCCUGAUAUAUGGAAAGCUUAGCCAAAGACCCAAAAUAUAUCUGUUAAUACGAAAUCGAAGCGAGCCAUUAGCAAUAGCCUCUCAGUUCUUUCCAGAGUACUAUUAAUCUGUUCUGAUGAGUUAUCAGCCAGUUUAUCAGGAGGCAUACUUUUGGGGCGAUUUGUAACUGCUGUUCUCCAGAUGUCUUCUUUUGCUGAUAGCCUGAUACAGUUGGAUGUAGUCUCUUAGUGAAGCAAGUCUGCUCUUAAACUUGUAUUUUGCCACCAAAGAAUAAGGUUGUUAAAGGUGUGGGCUAUAUGGCUUGGGUGAGUGGUGCGAAAUCGGAUUCGAAUUGGUACAAGAGCGGAUUCAAAUCAUCGUGCCUUGCGCGAACGCAAGUAACCAUUCGAGAGCCAUUUCGUUGUAAUGUGUAACAAGAAGAUUAAAUUAGAAUGACUCUUCGAAGUCGGAAUUGAAUUGUCAAGUGAGAUUGAGGCUCUAUCGGGUAAUAUUAAACCUUGUCAUAAUUAAUAAAGAAUUGCAAUGUCAAAAAGAGGAUGGAC